CAGCAGUACCUCCUCUUCAGCGGCCCACACAACAGGUGAGACUUGAAGUUUUUUGAAAAAAAAAUUUUGACCAUUUUUAUGGACCACCCUAGCAAGCACGCACACAUUUCACACAACUAGUGGUAGAUGUGUCUUAUGGGCCGAUGCUAAAAACCACAUAGCCACCUUCAGAUUAGCUCCUGUGUUAAUGUUUAGAGGUUCCCCUUAUGUGGACUUUAUUGUCCCCACAAUGCAAGAGGUCCCCAUGAGGUGACUGUCGAAACAGAUCUUUGUCCCCACAAUGUGAUGUAUACCUGCGCACACACACACACACACACACAAAAUCUAAAAUUUGUGUGAGCAGCAACGUUUGAGUAAGACUCAACUCUCAGGCAGUAGUUCUAUUAAAAAUUAUUCUUCACAUGUAUCAGAUGGCUUUUUUUUUUUUUUGGACACUGUGUGAGUCAUCCAUUCAUUUUGGACACACAGAGGAACAACCACCUACUGAUGCCAGACUUGAGGCCAACCUCUCUCUUCUGUUCUCCUCCCAUCUCAUUCUUUCCUACUGGGGGACUCUCAGAUGGAUCUGCAAACGGCAGACUAACCGUCUGAACUGUGGACAGGAACUAACAGGAACCUUUCCCAUCACAAGAAAACUAACCAGCACAUCUGUGAUCACCCCUGCAGCCCCAUUUCUCUCCUAACCAUCUUAUAAAAGACAUAUCAGAUUGGUGCGAUGGCGACUACCAAAAAUACUUCCAGGGGCGCAAAUACGCCGCUAUCCCCUAACCGCAUCACCCGGCUUCAGGAGAAGGAGGACCUGUGCAAUCUCAACGACCGUCUGGCCAUCUACAUUGACAAGGUCCGCUCGCUGGAGGCUGAGAACGCAGGUCUGCGCCUACGCAUCACCGAGUCGGAGACAGAGGUCACCCGGGAGCUGACGGGCCUGAAAGCCGCUUACGAAACGGAACUGGCCGACGCCCGUCAGACUCUGGACUCGGUGGCCAAGGAGCGUGCACGCCUGCAGCUGGAGCUGGGCAAGCUGCGCGAGGAGCACAAGGAGCUGAAAGCCAGGAACACUAAAAAGGAGUCUGAUUUGGCAGCAGCGACGCAGAGGCUGAAAGACCUGGAGGCUUUGCUCAACUCGAAGGAUGCAUCCCUGACGACGGCUCUGGGAGAAAAACGCAACCUUGAGGUGGAAAAUAGGGACCUGAAGGUGCAGGUUGCCAAGCUGGACAGCAGUUUGGCCGAUGCCAAGAAGCAGCUGCAGGAUGAGAUGCUGAGGAGGGUGGAUGGAGAAAAUCGCAUCCAGACCGUGAAAGAGGAGCUGGAGUUUCAGAAAAAUCUCCACUCUGAGGAGCUGAGGGAGAUAAAGCGGCGCCACGAAUCUCGAAUGGUGGAGCUGGAUAACGGCCACCAGCAAGACUUUGAGAGUAAGCUGGCUGAGGCUCUGAUGGAGAUGCGCAAUCAGCAUGAGCUUCAAAUUAAAAUGUACAAGGAGGAGCUUGAGAAGACCUACAAUUCUAAGUUGGAAAGUGCUCGUCAGUCUGCAGACCGCAGCAGCAACCUGGUGGGAGCAGCGCAUGAGGAGCUGCAGCAGACACGUAUCCGCCUGGAAUCUGCAUCCGCUCAGCUCAGUCAGCUGCAAAAACAGCUGGCGGCCUGUGAGGCAAAGGUGAGGGAGCUGGAAGAUGCUCUGUCUCGAGAACGGGACACCACACGCCGCCUGCUAGGACAGAAAGACAGAGAAAUGGCCGAGAUGAGGCAGCAGAUGCAGCAGCAGCUGGAUGAAUAUCAGGAGCUGCUGGAUGUGAAGCUGGCUCUCGACAUGGAAAUCUGCGCCUACAGGAAGCUUCUGGAGGGCGAGGAGCAGAGGCUGCGUCUCUCUCCCAGCCCCCCUUCAACCAGAGUGACAGGAAGUAUGAUCUCUUCAUCUGCAGCAAACUCUCGAUCGGUCCACUGCAGAGCUCAGGGCUCUCCGACAAAGAGGCGUCGCCCCAAUGACACCGACAGCGAGGCGUCUAGCUUUGCUGGGGGCGCCGUGGCCCGAACUCGCAUCACCCAGCAAGCUUCAGCCAGCGGCCGGGUGACUGUGGACGAGGUGGACCUGGACGGGAAAUAUGUCAGACUCAGCAACAAAGCAGAUGAGGACCAGAAUUUGGGGAAUUGGCAGGUGAAGCGGCAGGUUGGAUCUGCUGCACCGAUUACCUUCAAGUUUCCAGCUAAAUUCACUCUGAAGGCAGGUCAGAGGGUGACGAUCUGGGCCUCCAGUGCUGGUGGAACCCACAAUCCUCCAUCUGACUUUGUGUGGAAGACACAGGCAUCCUGGGGCACUGGAGACCUGUUCCGGACCACCCUGAUCAGUGCCAGUGGAGAGGAAAUGGCAAUGAGGAAGGUCACCCGCACACAGUUUGAGGAAGAAGAUGAUGACAUGGUGGCUCACAGCACCUGUGGGGACGGCGAGUACAACCUGCGGAGUCGGACGGUGGUGUGCGGCUCCUGCGGCCUUCCAUCAGACAAAUCCAGCAGCUGUUCUGUGUCCUCGCCAUCCCGCUCCUUCCGCAGCGGUGGCAUCUCCGAUGGCUUACUGCCUCACUCCUAUGUGUUCAGCUCCAGCACACCUCACAAGACCGGCGGGAGAAUGGAGAGCUGUCCAAUCAUGUGA